AUGGAAAAAGUACAGGAUGAACUGGAAGACAGCGGUGAAGACUCAUUAUCAUAUUCUGUAAUAGCGGUAACCAGUACAGCAGAAAAGUUGGAUCUUACAAUACCAUCUGAAACUCACGUAAAUCCGAUCCAUGAAUCUGACGCUUCAACGUUAAACCUCUUCAAUUUGGAAGGUAUGGACUCUGACAAUAUUGACGGCACUGAUGUUGGUCUCUACAGAUCCACUACACAGGAAAUGAACAAGAAGAUUGGGUAUAAUGUAACCUACUUAGGACAACUAAGCGACACGAAUGGCUAUGAAGAUCUCGAAUUCUUUCUAGGAGAUUCUCAACCUAAGCCAAAAAUCGUAGAUUUCGUUUCUCUGGAUUAUUAA